AUGUCGCCUAGAGGCGAGGAGGUCGAGAAGCGUCGGAUUCUCUCAUCGAGCAUCCUGGAGUAUGUCAGCAUGGGCAUCAAGGCAAAAUGGCACGCAGAACUGCCGAUGGUGGAGAAGCGAGGCCUUACAGGUGGUCCCGGUGGUGCUCUCGUCUCGAGCGAGCCCGGCCAGGUCGGUAUGUCUGGACUGCGGAAGAGGGGCAAAAAAGCGCGGGGCAAAGUCGCAGGCGACAUCCUCGUCCGCAUCGAGAUCGUCGAGGACGUCGACGGACAUUGCCUGCAGCUGUGCGCUGCUGACGGUGGCAAUCUUGACGGCACACAGCUUGUCAAUGAGCUCACAGAUGGAGUAAAAGUAUUAGGUGUGGGCGGCGCGCCGCGCGUCGGCCAGAGAGCAUUCGAAUUGGCUCCAUUGCGGAUAAAGAAAGAUGAAGCAGCUCUGUUCCAGGGUUGGACAGGGAGAGAAAAGGAAAGCUCGCGGAGACCGGAGUAUACUAUUAUUAUCCUGGUCGUCGAGAACGCGGUCGACCAAGUUUGA